CACGCUACACUACACUGCAAGAAAGGCAAGUACAGGGGAGGCGGGUAGUUUAUAUUCACAGGAACCGGGAGCUUUACUCCUCCCAGCACUCCACACUCCACACUCCACUCCUGAGGCAGGCAGGAGGAGGCUCGCUGCGUGGGCAACAGACACACACUACACUGACUAGUUGCUCUGCUGCCGCUCAUUCCCUUCCCCUACUCUGCUGCUACCUCCUCAGAGAAUCUGCGGGGGGCAGUAUUCCCCUGCAGAGGAGAGAUCAUGGGACAGUCGAAGAAGAAGUUCCGCGGCGUCAGGCAGCGCCACUGGGGCUCCUGGGUCUCCGAGAUCAGGCACCCUCUCCUUAAAAGGAGGGUGUGGCUGGGUACCUUCGAGACGGCGGAGGAGGCGGCGCGGGCGUACGACGAGGCCGCCAUACUGAUGAGCGGCCGCAACGCCAAGACCAACUUCCCGGUCUCGAGGAACGCCACCGGGGAGCUCGCACCGGGGACCGCGGUGGCAGCGCGGGACGGCCGGGGCGGCGGCGGCGGCUCAUCCUCCUUGACGGCAAAUGGCAGCGGCAACAAUCUGUCGCAGAUCCUCAGUGCCAAGCUCCGUAAGUGCUGCAAGACGCCGUCGCCGUCCCUCACCUGCCUCCGCCUCGACCCGGAGAAGUCCCACAUUGGCGUCUGGCAGAAGCGCGCCGGCGCUCGCGCUGACUCCAGCUGGGUCAUGACCGUCCAGCUCAACAAGGACGUGGCCAUUUCGACGGCGGCAGCCGCGUCGUCCAGCGACCAGCCGACACCGAGUGACAGCACAGUCACGACGACGUCCACGUCCACGACAGGCUCACCGCCACCGCUGGCGAUGGACGAUGAGGAGAGGAUCGCGCUGCAGAUGAUCGAGGAGCUGCUGGGCAGGAGCGGACCGGUCUCGCCGUCACAUGGGUUGCUGCAGGGUGGUGAAGGAAGCCUCAUCAUCUAAAUUCUGGAAGAACAGAAAAGAAACUGAAAAUGCAUGGUUAAAACAGCAUGAUCAGGUCACCAUCUCAGAUCAAGGAUCUGGUAGGGUGGUUGGUGCACAGGCAGUUAAGAUUGCUCCAUAUGAUAGGUAUAUCUCUAUUACUACUACAUCCAAGCUUAAUUAGGAAACAAUUAUAAGAUCAAUUACUACUGUGUGAAGUGAAGAUGUGUAUUUAUUAAAUACUUACUUGUAUGUACAAGCCGUCCCAGUCAUGAUAGUCACACUGGUGAAAGCUCUGCUAUGUAUCAAUGUCAUCAGAGAUCAGACUACAUAUAUAUAAGUGGUGUCAACUUCUAAUAAAAGUAAAUAAAAACAUUUGUAAUUGUGUA